AUGUACCGAUGCUGUAAUAGUGGUUAUCGACGUACAUUGAGUGGUUCAAGAUAUGCCUAUAGGAAAUGCGGUAUAUCGACAAGUGUACCAUCCAAAAAUUCCCACAAUGAGCCUUUAAACCAGUCCGACGAGAGGGAAGGACAUUCUCCAAAUGUUAAGCAAGAUUUGUUGGAUGCGUUGAGUUAUUCUAGUAAGAUACUUGAAGGAAUGGGUCAUCGAGACGAGUCGCGAAAGCGAUUCAAACGUCAGAAACAAGAUAGUAUAAAGAUGAAAAUACCUCCAGCAAUUGACAUAGCCGUUGGUAAAAGUCGAAAGAAGGUAACGAAUACAACUUUCACAAUAUCAUCGAAAAGGACUAAACACGUGACGAUCAAUAGUGAUGGGAGUAUACAGAAUGAUAACAGAGCUAAAUUGACACCUCAUGUGAUACCACCGCCUCUUGUUAGCGGUCUCGAUAGGGUUCUUUAUCAGCCCGUAACCUUACAUCCUUUGAGAGACUCUAGAACGGGCGUAUACAAUUUCAAUCCCGAGCUGGAAAAGAUAACGCCGGACUACCUGGAGGCAAAGGAUGGUGCUUCUCAUUUCAUUACGCCGUAUAAGGACCAAAAGUUGUCUGAGUUAGCUCACAAGUCUCAGAGAAAAUACGUAUCGUCUACCAGUUCAAUGACUUCGGUCCUAUCGCAUAUGCAUUACCUAUUAUCCAAUUUCAGACCCGUUAAUAUAAUAGAUUCACCCAUAUCAAGACAUUUUCCUCAAAAGAACUGUAAUUUCACGCAGGGAGCUCAAUUUCCUGCAGCUAUCAUCCUUAGAAAAUUGGAUAAGAAAGUAAAAUCAAUUGAUUCGGACAGAAGUCUCGAUAGAGAAAUUAUUCUCUCCAUCCUGGGUCACUCAUUAGAAGAGUUUUUGACCGAGGCCUCUCCAGGACAGGGAGAAGCGUAUCAUUACUCGAAGAUUGAUGAAUUCAUCCUACGAUCCCAAUUGGACGCCUAUGAUUCUAAAUUACCUGGGACAGGGGUCUUUGAUUUGAAGACUAGAGCCGUCGCUGCGAUUAGACAUGAUUUGUCAUACGUAGAGAAAAAUAACAAUCAUACAGGUUAUGAGAUUGAUAAAGUUUAUGGCGAGUUUGAAUCGCUGGAGAGAGAAUUUUUCGAGCUUAUCAGAAGUACACUAUUGAAAUAUUCUCUCCAGGCUAGAAUUGGCAAGAUGGAUGGGAUCUUUGUCGCUUACCACAAUAUCUCUAGAAUGUUUGGCUUCCAAUACUUACCAUUGGAAGAAAUUGACUAUAUCAUUCAUUCAAGUUAUGAUGCUCCCUUCAAGCGUGCUAUGGAUGAACGUAAUAAUACGCUGAGGAACAUAUAUGGUGAUGAAAAUUUCAUCUUAAAGCAUCAACGUAACGAACGGGAAAUUGCAUCAAAGGUGGCCGAUGCAGAAUUCAAGAUGUCCAUAAUACUGUUGAAAAAUGCUCUAACAUACAUCGAGGACAAACUAAACUCGAUGGGAAUUAAAGAUUGGAAAAUGUGCAAAAUUAUGAUGAAAACAGAGCAAAUUACUGAAACUAUACCAAACAGUGAGAAAAGAGCUACCUAUCCAAGUUUGAAAGUAGUUGUGUUGCCACUGCCACUGGAAUAUGUUGAUAAGCCUCUAGUUAGCAGAGGUAAAAAGCAAAAAGAGAUUCUUUCUCAAAUCUCUAAUAUACAAGAUUACAAUGAGAAAUUGCUGACAUUGCAGACAGACUCCAUGUUUGGUUUUGAGAUUAGAGCUGACCAUUUCUACAAAAACAACCCCAGUGGAGUUUAUAUACCACCAUUUGCUCGGGUAGAGAAUAAAGUAUUGGAUAUCCAGUCGUGUCAGCAGGUCUCGAAGAGGCUCUUUAAAGACUAUUACCAAAAUUUGAAGAAGGACAAGAGUCCAAGUUUUUUUCAUCCGAUGGAUGUUGAGACCUGGAAGACAACUUGCACUUUUAUAGACAUCGAAGAUAAAGGUUCACUGCAGAAAAUCUAUCGCCAACUCUUGAAUGAAAAGUUCCAGUCACUACGAGAUCAAAGUAUAACCAAAGAAAGCUUGAACAGUUCCGACGAAGACAUUGCUGAAAGGAUCAAGAGCUUCCUUGAUAUCAAGGAGAAGAGAUCUUCGCCCAAAGGCACAUCUAAUGCACCAUCUCACUUUCAGACUAAGUUGAGAGCUUAUGCGAAGAAGGGUUCCCUCAGAAGGAAACUUUUGGAUGAAGCAGAGGAUCUUAAGGGAUCCAAUAGCCCGUUUUAG